AUGGAUAGCGAUGAGUAUAAAAAAGAAGUUGAAGCAAAUGUAAAGGCAGAAAAACUUUUACAGUUGCAAAACCAAACCGUACAGUAUGAAAACUUAGCACAAGAAAGUAAAAAUAACGACGCAGCCAUGCAAAAGGCAAUGAAAAGCGCAGAAUAUAUAAAAGCUAAUAAUGACAGGUUAGAUGCCCAAGCCAACGCCAAAGCAGCCCAACUUAUAGGGUCAAUAAGGACAAAAAUACAAGCGGAUGAAGACAGUUCAAAUGAAGCUUUAAUGAAUGCUGACUUUAAGAAUGCCUUCGAAGCUCUUCAUAGUAAGGUGAAACUAGUGAACGACUUCUCAUCUGGAAAGAAACUGAAGUCUGAAGGUUUCGACAAAGAGUUAAGAGAAGUAGCACAAAAUAUGACGAAAAUAACAGAUGCAGCAACGAGACAGGCAGUUCAAAGUGCCUAUGACGCCGUUAGAGCAACUGUUGUGGAAAGUCAAGAAAAAGAGUUACAACAGACCAAAACAGACCUAGUAAAUGCUUUCUUAAAAACGAAAAGUCAGGUAGGACAUUAUGCUGCAGAUGGAACAUAUGUGCCAGCUGGUGGAACUUAUAUACCACCAAACCCUCCAAGAGAAGCACCUGCACCAGGACUACCUAAAACAUUUACAUCGUCACAUGGACACAGACACAGGCAUGCACCACAACAACAACAACCAACAGUUCAAAACCCUGCACCACAACAACAACCAACAAUUCAAAAUCCAGCACAACAACCACCUCCACAACCAGCACAACAACCACCUCCACAACCAGCACAACAACAACCACAAACAGAGCAAGGACAUAAAAGAAGUAGAGAAAAAGGAAACCAAGAAUUCUUAAAAAUGCUUAAGGAAGGUUAUGGUUACCCAGAUACUCUUGACUUUAGUGACAGAUAUAAAGAAGCUAUUAGAAAGUUCAAGGAAGGAAAUACUGACCCGAACCUAUUUAGCUUUAUGGUUCAGCACCAAAUGAGAUAUAAUUUCAAACCUGGAAAAUACAAGCUCGCUAAGGGAUAUGAUUUAAUAGCAUAUCAUCCAAAUGACAUGGAUGAAUUUACUCCGAGAUAUUUGUUGUCAGAGAUAAAUGAUAAUUCAACUAUCUUCAUGAAACGCGUAAAAAAUAGAGACGGAACGAAAGAAGAAAGGGUUAUGAAUGCGGAUGACUUAAAUAGGGAACUUGUUAAAAACGGUCUCGGAAUAUAUGAAAUGCCAGCAGAUGAGGUACAAGAAACUCCACAGGAAGAAGUUCAGAUACAACCAGACAUGGAAGAAAUAGUUCAGCAACAACAGCUAGAAGAGCCUGAAGGAAACGAACAAUCCCUCCUUUGGAAACUAACUUCACAGAACUAG